UCUGAGAGCACAACAAACUGGCCAGGUCUCACGCUGUGGCUAGGAACACAUCGCGCCAAAGCGCGGAAGUACGCUGCAUACCCCCCAGAGCGCGUGCCCUAACGGAAAACGCCUGUCGACGUCACGCAGCGCAUGGACCCCAUCGUGAUCGAGCGCUCCUUAGCCUUCCUAGACGUCGCGGCAGGCGGCAGUAACGCUUCAGUCUCAAAAGCCUGGCGGAGCGUCUGCGGCUCGUGGGCGCUCUGGCACGACCUCAGCCAGCCCCUGCGCAAGUGGCGCAACAUCGCCGUCGACGCUAAGCUCCACCCGCGCGAGUUCUGCCGCCUGUCCAUCGCGGACUCAAAGCGCACUUCCCUCACGCGCGACGAGCUCUGCAGCCAGACCUGGCGCUUCCGGUUCAAGCGGGCGGCGGGCGAAGAAUGGCUCGCCGUCGACCCCUACUGGACCGACAACAACCCCGCGACAAUCACAUUCUGUGGAAAUGGCAGCACGGAGCGGGCCGGCACCUGGGAGCUGGAAGUGGAAGUCAAGUGGCGCUGGGGCCACGCGCGCAAGGCAAGGCGCCAGCCCGGCGUCGCCGGCGGCGAGAGCGGCUCGUCGGUGAGGGUCGUCGUCGACGGGCGAGAUGUCCCAACCCUGAAGGUCGCGCGCCACCCCGUCCACAAGGGCUUCAUGAUGGAGUCGUGCUGGGCGCUCUACACGGCCUUUCCCAUGCCUGCUCCUGGGCAGGGCUUAGACGAUGACGAUCUACACGUGACGGUAGAGGAUCAGGUGGACGAGGUCGACGAGUGGAACCGCCGCGCGCGCACCGUCUUCGCGCCCUGAGGACGACGUGGCCGCACUGGCCAAGCCGCGCGGUCAGAGAACCGCACCGCCACGCCGUCGAGCAGGCGUCGCGUCGAUGGCGUGAAGGUCAUGAUGCCCUCUCCCUGGAAUAAGCCUCCCAUUCACAAAC